AUGUGCACGAUACUUUUUAGCGCGUAAAACGUAUAAAAAAAUGGCGAUGCGGGGGAGAUGUCGUUUAUUCGUUUCUUUAUAUUCGUUAUUUGUAUUAAGUUCAGGGUACCGUGUGGAAGUAACGGAUCUGGAGGAUAAUAUUCCUGUUCACACAUCCGAAUUCGUGCUUGUGGACGAGGAACGCCCGCCGUUUGAGGCAUUGGAGCAGACAGACGCAUUACUAGAAUCCGGCAUACGAUCAACGAAUUACCGCCUUAAGCGUGCCGCCGAUGCGGUUUCUGGUGAGAUCUGUAUCAGCGGAAGUGACGUCACGAGGAAAGUUGCCAUGUUCGUGGAGAAGAAUUCCGAGUUCAAGUUACCAUGCCACCCGUGCAACGCAACUGCGGAAGAUCGCUUCCGGUCCAUGCAGUGGGUCAAGCUGGAUUACUCCGCAAACGCUGACGGACUAUAUUAUAUUCACGAAGUGGUGACGGGUAUGGAUUCCGAUGCGAAGAAAAACCGAGUUUCUCUUACACUGGAUCAUACACUUGUCGUUAAGAAUACAAUAAAGGCAGAUAUGGGGAACUAUUUUUGCAAGCCUUCCGAGCAAAACUCGUUUAUUAAUAGGCAUAUGACGUGGAAUGAUAUUCAGACGUUUAUUGGAAACGAUCUGGACGUAUUCUAUUUUUACCACGUAGAUGUGAUCGAUUUAAAUGAAUACGACUAUAUUGACGUUUCGUAUACUUCCGCCGUAAGCCCACGUGGUCCAAAACAAGUUCCGGCGCUGAACAUAGAAGUAAUAACACAAUGGCAGCCAUGGAGUGCGUGCACAGUUUGCGAUGUUGAAGGUACGAGGAAAAGAAUUGGAUUGUGUACAGUCAGGAGAUAUGACAAGAGAUACAAUAUUCCCGACAAUUACCUUCAUCAUGUUUUAUCAUUUGGAGAAGACGGCUUGCCGUGUCAAUCUGAACUUUUAUCCGAGUAUUCCGAAGAAAAGCUCCAAUUAAGACCAAAUGAGAUACAAAUGGACAGAUGCCAUGUACCUUGUCCCGCCAGUAGACGGAAACGCGAGGACCUUCCAACGGAAUUACCGACAACGGACUAUAAGAAAAAAGUUAAGAAAAAGAAAGUGAAUCUCGGCGGAUAUCUGAUUCUGUUCUGCCCCGGUGGAGGCCUGAGGAAAAAUGUCGUCUGGCAGAAUGGAACCAGUUCAACGCCCAUGAAGAUCCCAAAGAAAAGCCCGAUUCGAGUAUCGAUCGAUAUUCUCGGAAACCUUCAUUUUGCGUCAGCGGAAUUCGGCGAUAAGGGAGACUACUCGUGCUGGAUUGGCAAGAAACGUAAACAGACGUACGUCGUGAAUGUUGUUAUUGAUAACUUUGCGGAAGUUUUUGAAUGGGCAAAGUAUGUGGGGAUAAGUUUCGCCGCUGACCUCGUUGUGUUCAUAGUACUCGUAGCGCUCAAAUCGUGCACCGGCAUUGGGCGUCGGCGACAAGUAAAGAACAGCGCAGACGACAUACAAAAUCGGAUAGCAAAGUUGCGAAGAGGCAAAAAUGAGAAAAAAUCCGAUAAUGCAGGAUUGCAGGGCGUGAAAGCGAACGAUGAGCAAUUGCAGGCACACAAGAAGAAAUUGCAGGCGCUCAGAGCGAAAUUAACAAAAAAAUAGUAAGCAACGUAAACAUAACUAUUGGUCACCUUCACCCAUUUAUGCCUAGUGGACUCUCCUAUCCUUCUAUUGUUUAUGUUUGUUUAAUUAUUUUUCUUUGUUAAUAAUGCCGACAUUUACUUUCACAAGUGAAAAUAUUGUUAUUUAAAAAACGUUUUGUUUAACAAUUCUCGAGAGACUGUUUUUGAGAGGUAUAACUACCGCUCGCAUAUAUUAUUGUCGAAAAUAAAGAACUGCGACUGUAUGAAUAAAUUGCACAUUACAUAU